UUCUGUUCCUUCCAGCCGUAAAGCGGUAUGCCGUAUUCCGCUUGGUGGAUGUUGUGGAGCAGGAUGUGGCUGUUUACAUUAAACACUUUGCCGUAUUUCUUACUUUUAUUAGAACAACGACGUGUCUUUGCUCUUCAAGACGUAACUGCGGAGCUUUUCGGGACCGCCAAGUAUGGGAAGGUGGCCGCGUUUGGUGACUUCAACUCGGAUAAACAGACCGACAUCUUCGUCAUCAAAGAGAAGUCUGAACUGGUGAUUUUCUUGGCUGACUCCACAUCUCCUUACUUCAAGCCCAAAGUUAACAUCUCCAAGGAUGUUUUGCCAAAGGACACCGUCAUCACCAGUGUAGUUCCUGGAGAUUAUGAUGGAGACUCUCAGAUGGACGUCCUUCUGACAGCUCAAUUCCAAUCGUCAGACACAUCAGUUUUUGUCUUUUGGGGAAACAAUCACACAUUAGAAACUGUUGGGUACCUUACCCUAAACAAUACCUUAACAGAUCAGCCUCUUGUUAUGGAUUUCAAUGGCGACAUGAUUCCAGAUAUUUUUGGAGUGACCAUCCCCCACAGAACUGAAAUCUGUUAUCUUACCAACAGGGUUCAGGCAUGCCAGAAUGCUCUUAAUUCAUCGAUCAAAAUGCGCAUCCCUCACUCUAAUGCUUUCAUCGAUCUUAACAAGGACUUCACUGCUGAUUUGUUCCUAACAGCUGAAGAGGGGAUGUUUGAGACUUGGCUCAAUAAGGAUGGGGCCUUCACUAAGGGUGACGUUGUGUCAAAACCAGAUGUAAAGAACUUUGGGCAGUCCUCCUUUGUUGACUUUGAUGGUGAUGGCUAUCAGGACCACCUUCUUCCUGCAUGUUUAGAUAAUGACUGUCAGCAGAGUACCAUCUACCUGGCCAAGCGGAGUUCAAAAGAGUGGGUGUCGGUCCUGUCAGAUUUCAAACAGAAGGACACAGUUUGGGGCUUUGUACCAGGAACCAUCAGUCAACCUCUGGUCCUACAUCUUGGAGACUACAACCUGGACGGCUUCCCAGAUGCGCUUGUGAUCCUCCGCAACACCAGUGGAAGUGAUCAGCGGGCCUUCCUGUUGGAGAACGUUCCCUGUAAUAUCCCCAGCUGUACUAGUGUAGGAAGAAUGUUUCACAUCCUCUGGGACCAAACAGACCUGGCAGGAAUCCAGAAGGCUGUCGUGGCUACUUUCUUUGACAUCUAUGAGGACGGAAUAUUAGACAUGCUCAUCCUGAGCCAGGCAGAGGGCAAAGACGACUUAAUGAUCCAUGCAUUGAAGAACAAUUUUGAAGCUGAUGCCUAUUUUGUUAAAGUGAUGGUGCUCAGCGGCCUCUGCUCUAAUGCCUGUCCUGAAGACGUCAAGCCUUUUGGUGUGAAUCAACCAGGCCCUUAUCUCAUGUACACCACAGUGGAUUCUAAUGGCUACUUGAAAAAUGCCUCAGCUGGUCAGUUGAGCCAGUCAGCCCAUUUCUCCCUGCAGCUGCCCUACACUGUGCUGGGCCUUGGCCGCAGCGCCAACUUUCUGGAUCACCUCUUCGUUGGCAUUCCCCGACAGCCUGGAGAAACGGAGAUGAGGAAGCAGGAGUGGACGGCCAUCAUUCCCAACUCUCAGCUGAUAGUUAUUCCCUUCCCACACAAUAAUCCCCGCAGCUGGAGCGCUAAGUUGUACCUUACUCCUAGCAACAGCGUCCUGCUGACAGCCAUUGCGCUGAUCGGAGUAUGCGUCUUUAUUCUUGUGAUUAUCGGCAUCCUCCACUGGAAAGAAAAGAAAGCGGACGACAGAGAGAAGAGGCAGGAAGCCCAUCGUUUCCAUUUUGAUGCCAUGUGAAGGAACAGAGCUGCAUCACACAGGAACAUCCUCUCCUCCUCCGUUCAAUCAGCCACUCAUUCAAACAUUCACUCAUUUUGACCCAGGCCCAUUUCAGGGCCCAAUAAAUUGAUACUCAUGUGCCCUAAAGCAUUUCUUUUUUUAUCCUUUCCAGUCAAUGAGUCAGAUGUGAAAUAUUUAUGUUGCAUUUGAUUUAUUCAUUCCAGUGUUAGAAGCAGGGGAGCAGCAUCAAGGCCCCAGAGACAUCCUACCAGGGAUCACUGUGAAGAUUUAAGCAGUGACUUCACAGGACUGACUCUAGUUCAGAGUCAGAGAUUUGUGUUUAAAUGCUGGCCAUGUAACUCAUUUGUUGGUAUGAUUUGUAUUUAGGUUAAAUGUCCACUAAAGGUAAGCAUGUUUUGGGUCAAAUGUUAAAAAGGUUUAAUAUUAGUACUUUAAUAUAAGGCUUCUUCAGAUAAUUUAAACAGAGCUGAUACUGAUUCACCAGAGGCUGCUGGAAAAUAAACAAAACUGGGUCUGUACAAUGUGUCGAAGCUUCCAGUCUCACCAACCCUGAUGAACAGCUUCCUGGUUUACUGAACACGUAUUUAUCUUUUGCCCAGUUGAUUGUGCCACAGCUUAUCGUGGAAGUGCAAAAAGAGUAUGCUGCAAACAUGUAAAGCUUCUGCAUGCAGGCUGAGGGAAUAGUCUAAAAACUGUUAGUCCUGCUGAGUGAAGCACAUUUUCCUCUGAUUGAAAGUGGAUUUUUGUUCUGCCUUUUCAACGCUUGAUUGAGCCAAGUCCUCUGACUUGUCAUGUUAUUUAUUUUCCAAGGAUGAGAUCAUGCCAUCAAGGUUGUUUGCACUUUUUUAAACUAAUUAUUAACUGUGGGUGUAUUUACUGUAUUUGAUUUCGUAUUGUGGAUUCAGCUUGCAAAUUAAUAUUUAAGCGACUAACUGUGUUAACUUACUGUGGCUGAGAAUAAAGGUUUCUGCUUGAGUCA